AUGGUGGUUCCGGAGAGUUUCCAGCUCGAUCAGGAGAUACUUCUUGAUGCCGGUGCACAAUUGCAUCGGCUCAAGAUGUAUCCAUACUUCGAUGUUGCACAUUAUCUACUGAAUACACAAGUUUAUACAAUCCUAGACUCAGUCUUUCUUCCACUUCGUGUUCAUGUUCAUCGUCUCGGUGGUCUCCUCCCAAUCUGGCCAGUAGUCGUCUCUGAUGUGCUUCACGUAGACGAGAAGAUUUGGUGUCUUCUCCUCCAAAUGAGUCUUGAUUUCUGGACUGAAUUGUGGUGUGUAGAUGAGUUGGGCAAGAUGAGCGAAGGCAGUGGCAUCAAUCUGAAAUCAGAGAGAAUCAGAUUCAAAGUUUCACAACUUCAACUGACGUCCAAAUCCUGCUGGGGUGGCGAGCCAGUUGAAAUCUUGUCCACGAGAAUAGAUCGAAACCCAGCAGAGAUGAUGCUCAAUAAGAGCAUAGAAAGCUCUGGCGAUAGCCUUAUCAGCAGCAGAGAAGCUCUCCAACUCAGUCUUGUGGAAGUGCUCUACAAGAUUAUCGAUGAUGAUCGAACUGUCGGCAUGCUGACGUCCAUUCAACUCGAUGAAGGGGAUCUGCUUACGAGCGGACGUCUUGCUGAACUCAUUGUCGAUAUUCUGAAAACACAUUUCUUUAAUUUAGUAGUCCAAGACUAA